UCGGCUGGAAUCGCCAGUUCGCAUCGAUCCGCGGAAACGUUCCCGGAAUCCCGUGAUUACCGAUAUCGGAAAGAAAGGAAAACACUCUCUCCAGAGGGAGUUCCACGGUCGUAGACAUCGCGUUGUCCUCGUCCGUGACGCGACCUAACUUUGGUACAGGCGUUUUGGUAUCGAUCACCAGCUAGUGCUCUCGACGACGACGCAAGCUCAACUCGAAACGAGGAUCCGUCGAGGUAGAGGGGCAGUUGUUAUCCUCCCUCUCGCUACCGUUGGUUGCCCACUACCCUGCGCAUCACCGUUUCCCCUACACCUUCUCGUUCUUUCUCUCGCAUCCUCGCGGGAAGGAGGACGAGAAGCAGAAAAGAUGAGCGAUCAAGAGGAUCUCGACUACUAUAUCAUGUUCCCGUCGUUUCCGCCGUUCCCGAAGGAUCCGACGUUGACCACCGGCGGUCAGAAUCAACGCGAGGAGUUCGUGUUCGUCUACAAGGAAGACAAACGACCGGUAGUCGUGCUCCUAGGAUGGGCUGGCUGUCAGGACAGAUAUCUGGCCAAGUACAGCGCAAUAUACGAGGAAAAAAGCUGCAUCACUUUGCGAUAUACGGCGCCGGUGGAAUGCCUGUUCUGGCGAAGGGACAAGAUGCCUUAUAUUGGGAAACGAUUGAUCCAGGUGAUCACGGAUAAGAGUCUGGAUCAGCACCCGAUAUUUUUCCACGUAUUCAGCAACGGCGGUGCAUUUCUAUAUCAGCACGUAAGCCUCGCGAUGCAGCAGGCUACCAAACCGAUCAAAGUCAAAGGAGUGAUAUUUGACAGCGCGCCUGGCGAGAGAAGAUUAACCGCGCUUUUCAGAGCGAUCAGCGCUAUCAUCGGAGGACAUCCGAUUACAAACAUACCCAUGUCCUUCUUCAUUACGAUUUUCCUCUCUGUACUUUGGUUCCUCGAGAUGGUCGCUCACGCGUUUGGACGUGGUUAUCCAGUUCAGACGAAUCCGAUCGCUUUGGCAGAGGAAACCCAUUCAUGGCCCCAGCUGUUUCUUUACUCAAACGCUGACACUUUAAUACCGGCAUCGGACGUCGAGAAGUUCGCCAGUCGACGAGCAGAACGUGGCGUACGAGUGCAGUUGGUGCUAUUUACGAAUUCACCGCACGUGAAGCAUUAUGCUACUUACCGUGACGUAUACGUUAACACGGUUUGUAGCUUUAUCCAUGAAUGCCUGACGUCUUCUGACUCAGAAAGUUUGGAAUCACCUCAAGAUCACGGCGAAGAAAAUACCGGACGGAAAUACGAUGUUCUGCCGGGUCUUGCUAAAAGGGUUGUGCUACCUCACGAGGCCACCUAACGGCUAAAUUAGAAAAAACAUCGAUCACAAAUUAGCAACGCGGUCGGCAAGAGGGUCGUAUUGUCGUGCAGUCUCGCGCGUGCGAUCGCGAGCAACUGGACAAACUGGAAUACUAAGAGGAUCGACAUAUUCUUUCAUUUCCUCUUUUUCACACUUGUACAUCAGAAUUCGUGAAAUAAGUUUCUUAGACAGCGUUGAGUCUUGCUUACUCCAUGCUUCCUCUAUUAUAUUGUCACGCGAUAUGACAAAAUACUUAAGUAGAAUCUAAUGCAAAAUAAAUUUUUAUUAUGAUAAUCAUAACACCGGUUUGCUUUAUCUACCUAUGAAUUACAAUUUACCUAUCAUCGAAACAAUUACUGUGAACAAAAAGAAUUGCUUUAUACCUGAUAGUGUGACCAUAAUUAUACAUUCUAUCCUAUUCUUAGUACCUACUUAUAGAGUUGGGCAAAUAUUCAUUCAUAAUUAACGAAUACAAAUUUCACAUACAUCGUAAACUAAUUUCCGUUUGCAGUUAAUUCAUUCGUAAAUUAGAAUCUAGAUUUUUUAAACUGACAUCAACUGACGAGCGAAGCUACAGGUAAAAGCUAGUUAACAAACGAAUCGAAAACUUGUAUUCGUUAGUCGCGAAUAAAGUUUGCCCAGCUCUGUUUAUAAUUCAUAGAAUAGUAUAAUUUGUUUGAUGUAACAAGACUCAACACUGAUCAGCUAAUAUUGAAACUUUUGCAUAAACUUUGGAGACCUUGAUUCUCGACCUCUCUUUUCUUCAAUUCUCCUCUUAUACUUGUUCCAUUUCUGCUUUCUAUUUUCUUUGUAUCUUCCAGUUUCUUCCCUCGUUGUGUGUCCUUGAACGUCGAUGUACCUGAACUUGACAAGUCGAUAGAUUUACGUUCACGUCGCGAAUAAACAGAGAACCGUACGUUCGAUCGUGUGUAUGUACAAAUGUGCAGAAGAAUUAUUAGAAGACAAGGUGAUGGCACACUACCGACAAACUAAAUGAUAACUGCACGACCCACCUAAUCCCCUCCACAUGUUUAGCUUGUAGGUAGUGUACUAACAUUUCAUCUCGCAAUAGUACAAUUCUGAAUUUCCAAUUGACAAACGACACAACGUUGCGAUAAACUCUGAAUCUCUUCAUUUGGAAUUAUGUAAUCUCGUAUAGUGAGUUGAUAAAGACUGUAGGUGCACUGACAGCGAAUUAUAAAAAAAAAUUUAACAAGUUAGAAACCUAGACGCUUGAUGAUGCGAUCUAAAUGCGUGCAAGAUAGAUACGUCGAUGAUUAAAAUCUGAAACUACGGUUCACAACGUUUAAGUAUCGGCACAACAAGCUCGCACAAAAGAAUCAAGCUGGUCUUGAUUUGGCUUUCGAUUUAAUUGCGGCGUAAUUAAAUAUCGACGAAACAGGAAUUUUCUUGUAUCUCUCCCUAUCGGAUAAUGUUACAUUUACAUGCAUAUAUAUAUUUUGAUCUGUUAAUUAGUUACAAAUAAAGACUGAUAAAUAUACAUGCAUCGUUACUUUUUUAUAAAUAAUAUAUAGUUGAUACCGAAAUAACCGCCAUCCCCCCUCCUCCUCUUUUGAUGAAACUGCAGAUCCAAAGAACUACCAAAAAUAA